CCAAGGCUGUCGCUCACCCACACUGUCUGCCCCGCAGAGCCCAGCGCGGGGGAGGCCUGGGGGGCCCCCAUCACCCAGGAGAGCAGCCUCCAGCGUCUGGGGCAUGACGGAGCCCCCUUCUCCAGCCGCCGGGUGUGUGCCGUUGGGGUUCCCCAGGGCCCCGUGACCGAGUCCUUCGUGCAGCGCGUGUACCAGCCCUUCCUCACCACCUGCGGCGGGCACCGAGUCUGCAGCACAUACCGCAGUAUGCCAGCCGCCGUGCCAAAACGGAGGGAGCUGUGUCCUGCCGGGACGCUGCCACUGCCCAGCUGGGUGGCAGGGAGGGAGCUGUCAGACAGGUGAGGCUGGUCCCCCACGGGGAGGGCCCUCGGGGUGGCCCCUGCCUGACACCCCUUUC